AUGGCCCAGCAUCAGCAGAUUAGCUUGCCCGCCAAACUGAUCAAUGGAGGGAUUGCCGGCAUAGUCGGAGUCACCUGUGUUUUUCCAAUUGACCUGGCCAAGACCCGACUGCAGAACCAACGCAGUGGGCAACAACUGUACAAAAACAUGAUGGAUUGUCUCAUUAAGACAGUUAGAUCUGAGGGUUACUUUGGCAUAUACAGAGGAGCCGCAGUAAAUCUUACCUUGGUAACUCCAGAGAAAGCCAUAAAACUGGCAGCUAAUGAUUUCUUUCGUCACCAACUGAGCCAAGAUGGGGCUAGGCUUACUGUUUUUAAAGAAAUGUUGGCAGGAUGCUGUGCAGGAAUGUGCCAGGUCAUCAUCACCACACCAAUGGAGAUGCUCAAGAUCCAGAUGCAAGAUGCAGGAAGGCUGGUGGCCCAGCAGAGGGUGAUGCCCAGUGUAGUGCCAACAAUGAAAAUGGGAGGAACCAGUACCGUCCUCAGCCGUUCCUACAACACCAUACAUGCACCUCAAGUCGUCCGCAUGUCUGCCCUGCAGAUCACCAAGGAGCUGCUGAGGACCAAAGGAAUAAUGGGUCUCUAUAGAGGACUCGGGGCAACACUUAUGAGGGACAUCCCAUUCUCCGUUGUGUACUUCCCUCUUUUUGCACAUCUGCACCAGCUUGGCCAACAUUCAUCUGAACAUCCAUCUGUUCCCUUCUACUGGUCCUUUAUGUCUGGCUGCUUGGCUGGAUCCAUUGCUGCUGUAGCUGUGAGCCCGUGUGAUGUGGUCAAGACAAGGCUUCAGUCGCUCAGAAAAGGAGCUAAUGAGGAGACCUACAACGGAGUUGUUGACUGUAUCAGAAAGAUUUGGAGAAAAGAGGGUCCCAGAGCAUUUCUUAAGGGAGCCAGCUGCCGGGCCCUCGUUAUUGCCCCACUGUUUGGCAUUGCGCAGGUUGUGUACUUUGUGGGAGUUGGAGAGUUCUUGCUGGGCUACAGCCCCUACAACAUCUACUCUGCAUAAACAAGCUGUUUUCAGGCCUUUCUGCUGGUUCAUUAAACUAAGACAGGUAUGCCCUGAGAGUAGCAAUGGAUCCAGAUGUCUGUCUGUGUACUCUCUUUAAAUAAUUCAAUUUAAAAGCAAAUGCUAAAGGGACCAGAAAGUAUUUUUCUUAUAGUGCUAUGUUUACAAAAGAAGAGCAUUGCCUCUCUCACUGAGAGUCUCUUGUCUAGUCCAUCACUGCCCUUCAGUCUGUGAAAAGCAAGUCGACUUUCUUUUCUCCGUUUUAGACCUUUAGCUCCAUUUGAAUCCAAAUUAGUAACCCCCCCUCCCCAAUAUGCAUCCUCCUAACAGACACCAAGUAAUGAUGGUGGUUUUUCGAAAGAGAGCCCUUUAAAAGCAUCCCAUCUGAUUAAAAACUUGAAUAAAAAUCUUUUUGUUUUUUGGGUUGAAUGUGAAACCAGGGCUUGGAACUUUCUUCUAGUUUAUGUAUAUACUGUAUAUUUCUUUCUAUUUUGUAUUAUUGUAAGUGGUUUCAAAUGCUCAAGAUACAGACUAAGAUUACAGAAAGAGUGAAAUUACUUCCAAAUGUGUAAUCUCUGAACCAACUGACUGGAAAAGUAGUUGGAGAACAGGUUUAAGGUUUCAAUUAUCAAGAUUUCUAUGAUCUCUAAUUUAAGGCACAUGUCCCCCACCCUCAUAAGACAGUUUUCAGUUUGAAUAAUAACUGAAGAGCGGCUCCAUUUAAAUGUAAACUGUGAAUUUCUUUUGUGGCCACUUGCACAACCUUUGUACUCUGUGAUAAAAUAGAGGAAGCUUAUGAACCUCAGAAAA